AAACUCCAAAAUAUAAACUGACAAGUCAAGCAGUAACCAACAAGCAAAAUGGAGGAAAAAUUGUGGGGAAAUGCUUGUAAAAGUGAAAAUAAUUGAAGUUUCUUAACUUUUGUGAAAUUCCUGACUGUGUGCCCUUUAAAGGAGUUGCAAUGGAGGCUUUUGCUGGACUUAUUUUUGGUCAUUUCUCAUUAUAUUAGAUCUUAUAGUUAUAAGUAGUCCCAAUUUAAUGAUUUUUGAUUUGUAUGUAUAUUUAUGAACUUGAGAAUAUCAUUUCGACAUUUCAUUUGGUUUGUUUUCGUUUAUUUUCGUCUUUGAUGUCCAUUUUAUAAGGUUAGAUUCGGUUUAGGUUAAUUUAGAUUACCAUAAUGAACAUACAAGUCUGCAGAGAUUCCUCAGACGCUACGGCUCUGUAUUUGCCGCAGCGUUUGUAUCUUAAAUCAUAUGCAAAGAUUAAUAUUUCUGUCCAGCUCCCCUCCCAAAAGGUACACGGCAAGUCGAUAUCAAACUGGGAACUUAUGGAAAAGUUGCGAAAGAUGAUCCUCCCUGACAAUUUCUCCGUUUUAAAAGUGUCAAAACAUAGUUCGGAAGUGAUAAGGUUUGACGCGGAACUGGAAAAUCGUGAUAAUCUCGAGAGAGUGUUAGCGAGACUCGAGGACCGCGUGAUUCAGCUAAAGGAGUACCCUGACCAACUUAAGGUCAGGGUCUGUGAGGCCAAGUCUGAGUUUCCUAGUCGCCAUGAUUGGGAUUCGUUCUUUCGAGAUACUACAGAAAUGGAUGAGAUGAAGCCUGGAGAGCGUCCAGACACCAUCCAUAUAUCUAAUCUACCCAUCCGGUGGUUUAUACACAGUAGAGACCAAGAUGAGGAUGCUCUGCCUUCAGAGAGCUUAGUAAAGAAGAUUUUUGAAAAGUUUGGUUCAGUACGACAAGUGGAUAUUCCGGUAUCUGAUCCAUACCGGAUGCAAAUGAAAGCAACAAUGAGGGGCAUUACUACUCCUCCACAGGAGGCUGCUUUGUACUUUGAGGUCUAUGUGCAAUUUAGUGAAUAUGUUGGCUUUGUUCGCUGCAUGGAUGCAUUAAGAGGCCGGAAGCUUCUACGGAAGCGUGAAGACAUAGCCGAGUGGUGUGGUAUUAAAGUGGAAUUUGAUAAAACUAAGCAUAUGACAGAUGCAGCUGUCAAGCGGAGAUCAAUAGUCCGUGAGAGGCUAGCCUCACGUCAGAAAGCUAAAGAAGAUGAGGAAAGGGCAGAGAAAGAAAGAAUAGCUAAAAGAGAGGUCAAAGAAAGGCAAAAGUAUGAGCGUUCAGAGAAAGAAAAACUAGAGAAAAUGAGAGAGAGAGAAGAGAGACGCAAGAAGAAACAGUUGGCCAAAUUGAUGCAGAGUGAUAACUUGGACUUGAAUAGUAAAGUUGCAGAGGAGCAGAGGAAACUUGUCAAAGCCCAGAAGAAGUUGCAGGCCAUCCGGCUGAUUGAAGAACUGUUUAAGAGAAUUGAGCUGCGACCAGAAUUACAGCGCAAUGGUAAUCGUGAGCAGCAUUACUUGCCGGGCGAGAGGAAUGCGCGCGCGCGUAUCAUAGACAAGUUCAAACGAGAACAACAAGAGCUGCUGGAGGAACAGAGACAAAACUACAAUAAUGCUUUGAAUGGUCGCAUAGUAAUUCGCUCAGUACUUGAAACAAAGAAGCCCAAACGGGAUUCGUCCAUAAGCUCUGCAUCAUCAGACGAGCGCGCCAGACGCAGUGAUAGGGACAACCACAAAAAGAUUAAAACUGAAAGACUGACUACACCUGAGAGAGAAAUGGAAUAUAAUAAGGCUACAGCCGCGAGUCUAUACAGUAUGCAGCCGUAUGGUUUCGGCUACCCGUUUGCCUGUCCCCCCGGCUACGCGUACCCGCCGCAAACGUCGAUGUACUACCCGGUCCGGGGGACGUACUACCCGCCGCCCACCGGCGAGUACCGCCGGCCGAGGGGCCGGGGCCGCGGCCGGGGCAGGAACCCCCGCAUGCCGUACUUCGAUGGACCCGAUGCCAAUCAUCAGUAUUACAGAUACUUCAAGAAGCUAACAGAGACCAACCCUCACAGCGAAUAUGAAGACAGAACGCGCGGUCGGUCGCGCGAGACUCGGUCGCGGUCGCGGUCACGGUCGCGGUCGCGGCGACGGUCGCAUUCGCGGUCGCGGUCGCGGCGUCGCUCGUACAGUCGCUCGCGGUCGCGCAGUCGCAGGUCUAGGAGCAGGAGUCGGCGGUCCAGGUCUAGGAGUCGAAGAUCUAGAUCCUACCAUUCACGAUCGCGUUCUCGGUCGCGAUCUCACCGUCGUUCCCGCUCCCGAUCUCGUCGCAGUCGCUCCAAAUCGACCUCCCGACACGACCAACACGACCGAUCUGACUCCAGAAAAGUUGUGUCGCCCAACCAGACUGAAACACGGCGUUCCCGCAGCUGGUCGCAAAAGAAAGAUGAUACAGUAGCUCCAGAAAGCCCUAGGGAUAAAUAAUAUUUAAUUUUAUACGCUAAAAUAUACUUACGUAAAUUAUAUACCUUUCUGUUAAGAA